AUGACCACACUCACCCUGGAGACGUCCUCCAUCAUCCAACCCAGAUACUUCUACUUGGACAAGGGCAUCCUGAAGUAUGCCAAGUGUGGUGCUGACGUUGAGAAGGGGAAGUUACACGGCUGUAUUGACGUGGGUCUCUCUGUCAUGGCCAUUAAGAAGUCGGCCCAGUGCAUUGAUCUGGAUGCAGAGGAAAACAUCUAUCACCUGAAGAUCAAGUCUCAGGAGCUGUUUGAUGAAUGGGUGUCUAAGCUACGCCACCAUCGGCUGUACCGUCAGAAUGAGAUUGCCAUGUACCCCCAGGAGAAGGCUUACUACUACCCCCACUUCCCCCCUCCCGGGUCCCCCGGUGUGGCUGAUAGAACGCGGCAUGUGUCUCUAGCCAGGCAGGCGUCGGUCCAUGCUGCAGGUAGCUUCCCUGUGACCUGUACCAGCCAAUCCAAGGUGGCCGCCUGGCUGCAGUCCUCAGACGACAUGAACAAGUGCUCUAAAGACAUGUCAGUGUGUGAGUCCUACCUGUUGGAACUGAACCAUCUGCUACAGAGUAUGGAGGUCAUUCACCGCACCUACUCAGCUCCAGCCAUCAACGCACUACUGAAGGCAUCUACAUUUGACACCCCCAAAAAGGAAAAAAGGCCCCCAAGGAAAUGGCGUGGUUCUAAAAACUACGGCAAAGAAGUGAGAACAACACUGCAGGUUCCCAGUUGCAUCUCAUCUGGCUCUGUCCGUCUCCACGCCUCCAACCCCAACCUCUCUACUGCAGCCCUGGGGACUGCGAAGGCCUACCCUGAACCUCCCUAUAUGGACUCUCCUAUAGACGUAGCCAAACUACACGAGGACUUCUGCCGCGUCGCUAACAACCUGCAUGCCACCAUGAAGUCAGCCCUGAGCGCUCUCACCUCUGAGAAGGAGAAGUUAAAACAGGUGCUGGACCACCAAGACACAUGCCCCCCUACCUCCCCAGGGAUUAUGGGUCUGAAGAACGCUCUGUCCUCGAAGCAAGACUCCACAGAUGGAUCCCACCCCCUAGUUCACCAGGCGUCCAAUGAGAGCAGAGCAUCCAUCACAGAAUCUCUGUCAGAGUUCUUCGAUGCUCAGGAGGUUCUACUGUCUGCCAGCUCCUCAGAAAACGAGGCCUCUGAUGAUGACUCAUACAUCAGUGACAACGUCAGCGACAACAUCUCCAUGGACAACUUCAACAACGAGACGGAGAGACCUAACUCGGGCUGUGAAGAGAACGGGACCCUUCUGAGAAGACGCAGGUCGUGCCUCCCGUCGGCCAGCCCCAACACCAGUAACAUCAGUCUAUGGAACAUCCUUAAGAACAACAUAGGGAAAGACCUCUCCAAGGUGGCUAUGCCUGUUCAGCUGAACGAGCCCCUCAACACCCUGCAGAGACUGUGUGAGGAGCUGGAGUACAGCGAGCUGCUGGACAGAGCUGCUAACACACAGGACCCCUUUGAACGCAUGGUGUACAUAGCCACGUUUGCAGUGUCGGGGUACGCGUCCAGCUACCACCGAGCGGGAGGGAAGCCCUUCAACCCGGUCCUGGGGGAGACCUACGAGUGUGACCGUCCUGACAAGGGCCUCCGAUUUGUAGCAGAACAGGUCAGCCAUCACCCACCGAUAUCAGCAUGCCACGCUGACUCUAAAAACUACAUAUUCUGGCAAGACGUGAGGUGGAAAAACAAGUUCUGGGGGAAGUCUAUGGAAAUAGUUCCUGUGGGCACCACCCAUGUGAUUCUGCCAGGGUUUGGUGACCACUAUGAGUGGAACAAGGUGACGUCCUGCAUCCACAACAUCCUGAGUGGGCAGCGCUGGAUAGAACACUAUGGAGAGAUCUCCAUCAGGAACACCAGCACUGAUAUCUGCCAGUGUAAGGUCACCUUCAUCAAGGCAAAGUACUGGAACUCGAGUGUUAACGAGGUGGAGGGCACCAUCACAGACCACAAGGGGAAGGUCAUCCACAGACUGUUUGGGAAGUGGAACGAGGGGGUGUACUGUGGAGACCCACCCUCUGCCACCUGCAUCUGGAGAGCCAAUGCCAUGCCGGCUGACCACGAGCAGUACUACGGCUUCACUAAGUUUGCUAUGGAGCUUAAUGAGCUGGACCCUUCACUAAAACUGCUGCUGCCUGCCACAGACACCCGGCUACGGCUCGACCAGAGGCUGCUAGAGGAGGGCGACGUAGAGGCAGCAGAGGAACAGAAACAGAAGAUAGAACAGCAGCAGAGAGACAGACGCAGAGUCCUGGAGGAAAACACCAUGACACAUCAACCCACAUUCUUCAGGAAAUCAAAGGACGACACCUGGGUUAGCAACAACACUUACUGGGACCUGAGGAAGGAUCCAGGCUUUGCCCACCUGGACUGUCCGGUGUUGUGGUGACCUGAGGAGGGAUCCAGGCUUUGCCAACCUGGACUGUCCUGUAUUGUGGUGACCUGAGGAGGGAUCCAGGCUAUCACCACCUGGACUGUCCGGUGUUGUGAUGACCUGAGGAGGGAUCCAGGCUUUGCCCACCUGGACUGUCCGGUGUUGUGGUGACCUGAGGAGGGAUCCAGGCUUUGCCCACCUGGACUGUCCUGUAUUGUGGUGACCUGAGGAGGGAACCAGGCUAUCACCACCUGGACUGUCCUGUAUUGUGGUGACCUGAGGAGGGAACCAGGCUAUCACCACCUGGACUGUCCUGUAUUGUGGUGACCUGAGGAGGGAACCAGGCUAUCCCCACCUUGACUAUCCUGUAUUGUGGUGACCUGAGGAGGGAUCCAGGCUUUGCCCACCUGGACUGUCCUGUAUUGUGGUGACCUGAGGAGGGAUCCAGGCUAUCCCCACCUGGACUGUCCUGUAUUGUGGUGACCUGAGGAGGGAACCAGGCUAUCCCCACCUUGACUGUCCUGUAUUGUGGUGACCUGAGUAGGGAAACCAGGCUAUCACCACCUGGACUGUCCUGUAUUGUGGUGACCUAAGGAGGGAACCAGGCUAUCACCACCUGGACUGUCCUGUAUUGUGGUGACCUGAGGAGGGAACCAGGCUAUCACCACCUGGACUGUCCUGUGUUGUGGUGACCUGAGGAGGGAACCAGGCUAUCACCACCUGGACUGUCCUGUGUUGUGGUGACCUGAGGAGGGAACCAGGCUAUCACCACCUGGACUGUCCUGUGUUGUGGUGACCUGAGGAGGGAACCAGGCUAUCACCUCCUGGACUGUCCUGUAUUGUGGUGACCUGAGGAGGGAACCAGGCUAUCACCACCUGGACUGUCCUGUGUUGUGGUGACCUGAGGAGGGAACCAGGCUAUCACCACCUGGACUGUCCUGUGUUGUGGUGACCUGAGGAGGGAACCAGGCUAUCACCUCCUGGACUGUCCUGUAUUGUGGUGACCUGAGGAGGGAACCAGGCUAUCGCCACCUGGACUGGGUCAUGUUUAUUAGGCACAGGACUGAAACAGGGAGGGACUACCUGAACGUGUCCAGUAAGAAACGUGUGUGCGUUCAUAAGGCACCAAACGGAAGAAAACAGACUGCAACUUUCAGUCCAAUAAGACACUUUAUUUUUUUGUUUUCAGUUGCAAAAUGUUUUGCUACGGUGUGCACUUAUAAACACGACCCUGUUUGGACUUCUUGUCUGUACUGUGACCCAGGCUGGCUCUGGGGGCUGGAGUCCUGCUGCUCUAUCCGUCUCAUUGGUUACGCCUCAAAUGGCACCCUAUUCCCUACAUAGU